AUGGCCAAGGCUAUUAUCUCCUCUAUUCUCGAGGCUCAGCUAGGUAAGUAUGUGGACGGGUUACGUAGCGACUCACUGGUUGUGGGUCUAUGGAGCGGUGAGCUGGAGUUGCGUGACCUGGUUCUCAAGCCCCACGCACUGGCCGAUCUGCAAUUGCCCGUGGCCAUAACCAGCGGCACCGUAGCCCGCGUAUUAGUGCGCGUGCCGUGGAAUCAACUGGGCAGCGCCAGCGUAACUAUCGCUCUGGAGGGCGUAUCGGCUCUUGUGGUGCCUAAUACAGCGCGACCAGGCCCGGCUGAGCUGCUGCAGGCCAAGAAGAACCAACUGGAGAGACGAGAGCUACUGCGUCAACACCGCCGCUUUGCUGCACGCGUGGCUCCAGGCCAUGCUCAGGAAAAACAACAGGAGAAAAAAAAUGUGGAAGACGACGGUACAUUCGUGUCUAGACUCACGGCCCGCAUCGUGGCCAACCUGCAGGUGACUCUACACGAUGUGCACUUGAGGUACGAGGACGCAGUGGCCAAUCCAGACGCUCCUUUUGCAUGCGGCCUGAUGCUCGAGCGAUUUCGGUUUUUUACGACCGAUGAAAAAGGUAAAGAGGCAUUUGUGGACCAGGCCACGGUGCAUCAAGCGUUCACGUACAAGAAGGCCGAGGCAACGCGGUUCGGAAUGUACUGGGAUCGCCUGGAUGUGAGCGAUAAAGACGCGAGAUUAGAAAUUAGAGACAAUAUCCCAAAGGCCCUGAGGGAAAUGGUGCAGGCCCUGAGUGACCAACAAGCUGGCCACAGGAAGAGAAGGUGGAUACUACGGCCAUGUUCGUUGGCCGUGCAGCUCACGAAGAACGAGAGCGCCGACUACACGGCCGUGGCCAAGUACACAGUCGAAGCAGAAGUAGGCGCGCUACAAGGGAGCUUGACGCGCGAACAGUACGAAGAUGUGUUGUUUCUACAGCGUGCAUUCUUGGGCCGACGGGCAGUUGAGGCUCAUUUUACUUUGGCCAGAGGCCGGCCACUACACUCACCAGCAGCGCGUCCUCGUGAGUGGUGGGACUAUGCCACUCGUCUUGUUCUUGAGCAACGAAGAGCGAAACUUCGACGCGAAGCAGCCCACGACAAGAGUGAUAACGGUGGCCAGACUCCUCGACGUCUUCAUCAGCGUAAAAUGCGCUGGUCUUCCGUCCACAAGGCCUUGCUAGAGCAGCAGCUAUACAUUGAAACGUACCGCACGGAGCUACGCAAUGGAAUGCCGUUGGAUGUCUCGACCCGAGAGGGCAAAUUGAAGCAGAAGUACGAAGAAAUCUACCCGAUAGACGUCAUUCUACUGCUUCGUGACGUUGCAGAAGACGCAGAGGAACGCGCACAGAUAGAGGCGAAGGCUACAGCAAAAGCACAAGCCAAGGCCCAGAGUGGAGGAGGCUCCUGGUACUCGUAUUUCUUUGGCGGAGAAAUUGAUGCUGAUGUUGAGUCAAGUGAAGCACAAGAGCACGUUCUGUCUGCUGAGGGUCGAGAGAAUCUGCGUGAAGCGUACGAUGAUGCUGUGCAGAGGGCCAGCGCUGAAGUUCCAAUGGGCUGUAACCUCAUGUCGAUCCAGAUCCAGUUGACCGACGGGUCGAUGGCUCUCUACCAGUCCAACUUACACGAAAGCCCGUUUGUCACUGGAAUGCUCCACGGCUCGUUAUCUGUGAACGUUCAGCCGCAAAACGAGUGGGACGCGAGCUUCUGUGUGCAGCAUUUCGACAUCUUGAAUGGCCUGGCGCAGGACUCUCGGUUCCACUCGUUCUGCAGUCCGUCGGUCUCUAUGAAGGACAAUCCGAGUGCGUCUUGUGUCAGUAUCGACGUUAGUCGACGAGCUGUGGUGCAGACCCAAGCUCAGAGCGAUGACGUGGACGUGGACGCGACGCUGAGAGUUCGUACGCGCUCGCAGCCUAUUCGCGUGUUGGUGGAUCCGUCCUUUGUCAUGUUCUUGCACACUUUCUUCGUCAGUCUCUUACCAGAGAAACAACUGGAGAAGGUCUGGGAGUUUGCCACGUCUUCUGUGGCCGAUUGGAUGUUUGCGGACGACUCUGCAGAGGAUUCAAAGCUGGCAAAGUCCUCGAAAAAAAAGACCGAAGAAGCGGAACUAAUCCGUUCACUAGAGAGAGCACAAGGCCGUGUAGCGUACGAUGUGCUGGUGGAUAUGGACGCCCCUGUGUUGAUUCUGCCGGAGAGCGUGGCUGAUUCCGCUGGUGCUGUCGUGGUUGUGGAUCUUGGCAAGUUACGUCUUCGCAAUGACGAGAAGGUGACGGCUAUCGAUACGCCGUUAGACACGCCACUGGAGGCAACAGGAGACGAUCCGCGUCGCUUACAUUGGAGACUAGAGGUGACCCAGAUUCACGUCUCUCUUGGGCGUCAGGAACAGUUAAUACACUGGACGGACGAGGAACUUCGUGGCUUUAAGAAGAUUGUGAAGGAAUUAUCGAUGGACUUUUCGCUGCAUACACAAGCUUCGUCCUCCCGUCUCAGACUCCCGUCGCGUACAAAGACUGCAGCCAAGCCUCUGCCUCAAGUGGGUAUCUACGCUGACAUCCCAACGAUUGUGGUGUCAUUGGCUGAAGAGCAACUUGUAGCUCUGGGUCAUAUUCACUCGUCGAUACUCGACCAAGCUGCUGCUAUUGCUAGAGACCAAGAGCAGGACAGUGGGGUGGAGAGUGCGACUGAUUCUGGAAGCUCAGGUGGUAAGAGUACCGGUAGCGAGACUGCAGGGACGGAGAAGUUCCUGCUAGAGAUGCAACUGUCGCUCGGGAGUGUGGAGUUGAAUCUACGAGAGUCUGCAGUUAAGGACGCCUUUAUCCUGCGCGCCUCUCACACUUCGUUCGCAGUGGAGGCGUUCUCGACUCAUCAAGCGUUCCAUGCUCGCUUGGGGGCUCUUGUGAUGGAAGACAAGCUCUAUUCUUCGGAGUCUCGCUUCUUUAAGCUUAUUUCCACGGGCGAAGGUGAAGAGGAGGCUCCUCACUUGAUCGCCAUUGACGUUGUUAGUUUUUCUCGGAAAUCUACAAGGAAUGGACGUGAUAGAACAGCGUCGCAACUGGAAGCGGACGUGCAAUUUAAUGUGCUGCAUUUGCAGUGGAAUCCGUCGUCCGUGGCGCUCUUCUAUCGCAUCAUUUCAGCCUACGCGUCGGCCAUUCAGUCUCGAGGCGACUUCCCGUCUGUAGACCCCACGUCAACUCCAACUCCAAAGCAAUUAUCGCCCGAGAAUGAAGGUCAAGCAUCAAAAAAGAAGGAACGAGUCGCUGACUUGUCCACCUUGCGGGCACAGGGCCAACCUGCUGUUGUGGUACGAGCGUCUUUGGUUCAGUUCAGUCUGACGUUCAACAAGGACCAACUGGAUCGACAACUGGCGCGGUUAGAGAUGACAAACUCUGCCAUCAACUACACAAGCUACGACGUGGAUAAUGAACAGGACGCGUUUGAAGUUACUGGUCAUGUGGGGAACUUUGUGGGUACGGACUUGAGUACAUCCAAGCAUCCACUGUACUUGACGCUGCUGGGCUUGGACGAGGAUGCAGCGCGGCGCCGUAGCAUCUCCGGACAAGCCGUAGAGGUGCUGCUGAGCUUCGAGUUUGCCAGUGACCCCAUGACGAGUGACAAGAGCUCUCUACGACUGGCGUUCCAACCGAUUCGAGGCGUUUACUACCAUCAACAGAUCUUGGAGCUUGUGGACUUUGUGCUGGAAGGAGUCCUGGGGGCGCUGAUGUUACUAAGAGAAGACGAGGCCAGUGUGGUGUUGGACCUGAGUGUCGAGAAGCCUACGUUGAUUCUCCCGUUACGUUUGGAAGAUUCCCCUCAUGCCAAGGUCACUGCAGACGUUCUACGACUUGAGCACUUUCCAUCCAGUGCAGUACACUACGAAGGGCCGACAGGAGCAAGAACCAAGCGAGUUGCACAUGACGAGGUGCUGCCUCGUGCUGUGGUCAGGUCUGACGCUGGUAUUUCGUUGCGAGUGGACUGUAAGGACCUCUUUCUUGAACGAGUCCGUAUUUACUGCACUACUACGAAUCCUAAGAGAGCAAAGAGUGACGAAGGACCGGCGUAUGAAGAGCUACUGCCCCAGUCUGCCGACCUAAAGAUUAGUAUCGAGGAUCUCGUGUCGUCUACGGUCUCUAUAGACGAAGACGUGGACGGCAGAACGAAGUUUCUUCCCAGAAUUACAGUCAACUCGGUGCUACCCCCGCUAGAGGCCCACAUAUCCCGCACCAGUUAUCUCGGUAUUGUCGCGCUUAUUCUGGAGAAUUUUGGCGCUGAAGAACUGCAGAACACACCGACUACGAGCGGCGAUGUGGACAGGAAGAGCAGCGGUUCGAGACUGCUAAACAGGAGACGAAGUAGUGCUGGCUUCGGAGAGCUGCCGUCGCUACGCCCCACUGUGACGUACACGUAUCUCCAGCCUGACGCAGAGGAGGCAACGCUUCAAUCCCAUCUUGGAGCGUUCAGUGCUCGGGAUCUUGUGGGGAGAUACAAACCUUCAGCCAGCGGUGAUAGCGGCAAGCUACUGAAGUCUCCAGAGCCACUCGAGAUACUCUACACGUGGGAUGACAGCGCUCUAACGGGUGAUCUGGACUUGUUCUUCUCUGAGGUCUCUGGUACAGUCAUUCCGGAACCUCUGCUGACUCUCGUCGGCUUCUUUUCGCUGCCGUCGAGUUCGGGAACGAAAGACAAGAGCUCCACUGGAUCAAAGAAUGACGCUCUGCCGUCUCCUGCUCGAGUUCCGCCGUCUCCGUCUUUGUUGACGAGACGCGAGAGUAUUUCGGAUAUCUUACGGGACGGCAAGGAGCCAGAUCUGACCCUUACAGUCCGAGCCACGGCUACACAAGUGGGCGUUGCGCUUCCACGAGAUGCGUAUGACCCAGAGAGCCCACGAGUGGCGUUUGCUGGUGAUUUCACACUCGAGUUUAAGUGGAAGCCGCAUCCUGAUCCGAAGAAGAAGCAGACAGACGAGGAUCUGGAUAUCCAGAGCAGUAUCAUUGCAGACGCGAGGAACAUGGAGAUCGUGCUGCAGAAUGCGAGACGUCCUGGCUGUUGUGUGGCGUCUCCAUCUUCAAGCUCGCGAUGGGAUGCCAUCGACGUGGCCCCGUUGAUCCAGUUACUGGAGCCAUGUUCUUUACACGUAGAAGUGAGUGACCUGUUCCCCCAUGCUGGUCAACGGCAGCAGAUUGUGGCGCUGAGUUUCACUGCGAUCGAAGUGUUUGUGUCCUAUGACGACGCGUGUAUGGCGAUGGAGACGAUGGAGGCUCUUGAUCAAGCAGUUGAGCAGCAUGAAGGGCAUCGAGCAGAGUCUCGACGUGAAAAUUUAGCUUUCCAGUCUCUAGCGAGAUCACGCACGUCAUCCAAGAACAUUGUGGAGGAUACCGAAGUGGAGACUCAUCGGUACCUUACCUGCGAACUACCGUCUGUGAGUCUGACGCUGAUAAACGACUGCGAUGGCUGUGAUAUGGGCCUAGCUCAGCUCCAGAUUGAGCGCUGCCACUUGUUCUUGAACGUCACGUACACAGCGCAACUGGAAGAGCUGGAAGACGGAGUGUUCUUCGCUGACUCGGAUGCUUGUUCGUCGACGAUCUCUGGUGGAGGGAACCUGGUGGUGCUCAUGGCGUAUUAUAACCCAGACACACGAGACUGGCAUCCCAUGUGUACGGAGUGGGGCCUGGAUGCGUCGGUGCAAGGCUCGAUCUCAAAUGACAGUGAACUGCACGUCAUUCUCACAGCGUCACAAGCGCUAGACCUCACUGUAACCCAUGGGCUACUUGAGGUUGUGGCCUCUGUGGGAGGAGCCUGGAAGCGUCGUGCUGCUGCUGCAACACACGUAGAAGACAGAGAAGACGAUGAGACCGAGCGCAGUAAGAUGGCGCCGUGUGUGAUACGCAAUGAGACUGGGCUUCCACUGAGUUUCUGGCUCACAAAUGGGUCGUUCACGACUGAACCUCAAGCCGUAGCCACAGGAAACCUCGCAGACGUCCGCUAUCUCCACGCUCCAGGACGAGGACGCGGCGUGGCGCGACGCUACGCCUCAGGAGAUCGAGAAGCGGCCGAUCUGCGCCUCUGUCUGCAGCUGAAGAACGAGAGCGACAGCGCUCGAUUCCAGGCUAUUGAAGGCCUCAUCUUCGAGCAAUUAGGAGCUCGAGCCUUCCCUUUGGUCGACACACAUGGAGAGCGGACCAGCUUCACACUAAGCUUAUCGGCUCAACUGGUAGAAGGACGGAUACUGCUGGUCGUGUCGUCGCCUAUUAAGCUGGUCAACAGGUCGGCGUCUGGGCGCCCUGUGGCGCUUCUCGUCAACGACCCGACAUGGCAGACACCAGUGGAGAUUGGAGUCUUGCGGUCUAGCCAGGAAUCGGCUGUACCCGUGCUGCUCUCUCUAGCGUCAGAGCUGCGUGUUCGACCUGUGGAGAAUGGAGCGACGUAUUCGUGGAGUGCUCCUAUCCCCAUCCAGACGCGAUCUACUGUAGAACUGAAGGUAGAAGCCGCGGCGUCGUCCAGUUCAACGUCGCGCGAGAGCUUAGACGACCACGGGGACGGUCGGAAUGCCGUGUACUGCGUCUCCAUGGCAAGUGACAAGGAGAUGCGCGCUGUGUCAUUCGCUGAGCCUUUGGUCCUGGUCAACAAACUUCCCGUGCCUUUAACGUAUCGUGUGCGAUCCGCCUACAGCUCGUACGGCUCAGGAUCGAGCGACAGUCCGUCAAAACCCGAGACGAUCGCAGUAGGAGCGAAGACAAGUAUCUGGUGGACGGACGUAGCGCAACGCCCUCUGUUCCAGCUGCUUGUAGAGGGCUGUACGUCUGCUUCCAAGUGGCUUGAACUCGCUCCAAGAGGCACCGCAAAUGGCGCUGUCUUGUCGGUGCAACUCUCUCGCGUGGAUGACGGACGUCACUUUCGACUUCUUCUUCGUGUUAUGGGAGGCACAGAGCAUACGGCACGCUCUGUACGCGUUGAGGUCUUGGCUGACGUCUGGGUUAUCAACCGAUCGGGCUUAGAGUUGGUAUACGGCACUGCCGCAGACAGCGAAGCCUAUAUCCCGCCUCGUGCAGCUCGUGCCCAAGUGGGGAAUGCACAGAUCAGUGCCUACUCGAGAGAUAACAGUGGGAAAAUCCCCGUGAUUCGCAUUGGCGUUCGUGGCUGCAAUUGGUCGGCGCGCUUUGAAGCAGAUCCGCGGAGGCUGAGCUGGCAGGACGAGUGCAUCACUCUCCUCUCGGCUGGGAGUAAUACUGGCGUGUUGUAUGAACUGGGCGUGUCUGCAGACUACGCGACGAGGCAUUUCGGCUCAGUUACGACUCUGGUUAGCGUCAUUCCUCGUUAUCUGGUUCUCAACCGCUCGUCACACACGUUGCUACUGCUUGAAGCCUCGAAAAAUCGACCGGAUGACUCGAGUAACGCGAAUGUGGCGCAUCACGUGCUUGGAUCAGGAGACAUGUAUGCGCUUUACUGGGUAGGGGGAGCUAGAUCCCCACUGCGAACUUCUGUUCUACCAGAGGACGAUGGAUCGGAGCUCUGUAAAGACGGCUACGACUGGAGUGCAGCAUUUGCGGUAGACCGAGUGGGCACGUCCGACUUGCUAGUACCACCACGAUCCAGUGGCCGCGGUGUGCCGUUGGAAGUGGAAGUGAAGCGAGGGAGUCUCUCGCAAGCGACUUUUGUAGUGGUGGUGAGUGACGAAGGCGCUGUAUCUCCCACGUCUACGUCGUCCAGACUCUCAACUGCUGGCUCUACUGUCUCAAGGGAUACAGCUACAUGUGCGACGGACUGGCAGACAUUCAGUCUUCACGCUCAAGUGGCUGGAGUGAUUCUCACCGUCACAGACAGGAAACAAGGAGGAAACGGAGGCGAGUCGCAGUUGUUUGCUGGAUCGGAAGGGGAAAGUGAACCGGUAGCACGGGCGACGUUGACCCGGAUCGGGUUGGAGGCGUCUUGGUCGCCGCAAGCUACUGCAGCGAAGGUGAAUCUCAUGGGUCUUAAGGUGGAAGAUCUGCUGCCACAGAGUAAGAACCGUGUCGUGCUGAGACCGAUGCUACAGUCUGACGGCGUUGGCUCCAGUACGGACAAAUAUUUCCUGGAAUUGACAUAUUUGGAGCGACCACACGCCAAGUACACGUGGGUCGAGCGUGUGCAUUUGGAGCUACAGAAUGCAAAAGUCUCGACGUCUAUGAGCUUCGUGGACCGCCUGAAUAAACUGCACAAGGAGACGAUCGCGCACUUUCAACACAAGUCGCUGGUCUCGGCUUUCCCCAGUGAGGAAGACGUUGAGAUGGAGGAAGAAGGAGACUUACUUUCGUAUUUUGUGCCUGAGGAUGGAGGAGAAGGCACCGACAUGGCCUCUAUGACGGGGAGGAAGCUCUACAUCGCGUCGGGGGAGAUCUCUCCUGUCCGUGUCGUUGUGAGCUUCACUCGGGACAAAAGCGACUCAGGUAACGAAGGCUUCUGGCUGUCGAAUCUUAAGCUGAAGAUCGAGAACGCGUGCGUCACGUUAGAGGGAUAUCGCCUUUCGCACGCGCUGGCUACGCAGGAGUCUCUGGGUGCUGCGAUUGUGAGGUUUUAUGAGCAAUCUGUCAAGUCUCAGGCGCUUAAUCUCAUCGAUUCCAUUGAAGUGACGUCGCUCGUGACGAGUAUGGUGACAGGCGGCGUCACGUCGCUAGUCUCGACGCUGAGAGGCAAAGCAGACCCAGCUGCAGCCGCCGGUGCGAUGGCUCCUGGUCUGCUGACGUCAAGUGCGGACGGGGACAGUUCAUUGGGCAGUCCGUUCCGCUACGAGCACAUGUCGAAUGGAGAAAUCGUUCGGAAGCAUUCCAAGGCUUUAGGAGAAUGCCACAACAGCGCAGAGUUCUUGAGGCAAGUUCGACAUUUGGUGUACGACUGGGACGCCAACCACACGGGGCUGGAAGCGCGUGGCUGUGUCGCACUCGCUCUGAUCAACAACUCGCGGCACUCAUUAGUGGUGAACACUCAGCUAAAUGAUGGAGCGUCGCUGAAAGUUCUGCCGCUUGGACGACGCCAUUUGGCGAGUGUGCUGGAUACUGGAACGGCGUCAAGUGGAGGCACGACGGCGUGGGGACCAGAUCGCGCUCUUGUGGUGUUUGCGUAUGGCUACACCCCGACGCUACUGACGUCAGGGGAUGUGUACUUCACGGUGCAGUCGAAUGCCUGCAAUGUGUACGCCACCCGGAAGACAGCUCGACUGAAGGCCAACCGAGGAUACACAGCUACAUUCACCCUGCAAGAAACGCAGAGCUGGUGGUCUGCCAACGUGGUGAUCAUUGGGGACGACUUGCAAGCGAGUGACAGUUCUGCGUCUGCUUCAGACUCGGAUUCGCUCUUUGGAGAGGCACCAAGUGGCCAGGACAGCGAGGAGUACGAGGUCGAGUUCGCAGAAGCAUCGCUGGGUCUCGUUGCCAAGCAGAGUGGACGAUCUGUGAUUGUGCGGGAGUGUGUGCGGUCCAGUGCGGCUGAAGCGUCGGGACGGAUCGCUGCGGGCGACUGCAUCCUCGCAGUGAACGGGAUGUACAGCGUCAUCCAGCUACCAGCACGAUUCAGGCCAAGAAAUGACAAGGAGGAGGUCAAGCAUGAGGCGUCACUGCGUGACAAGCUCCAGGCGCUGCGUUCCAAACGGGCAGUGACGUUUCUCCGAGCCAAAGCCACACAGCGCGCCGGCAUUCAAUCGCUCGCUGCGAUCGUCGGUAGCACUAGCAACGCUGUGCUGGUAUUUCUACGGUCUCUACGCCAUCUCGCACUCGGGUUUUACCGUGGAAAGCUUGAGAAAUUGAGAGCGUGGAUCGGAGCCCAAGAAACCGCUGAUACAAUAAUGAAGAAGGCAGCUGGGAAGGUUGCAGUAAUGCGAGGACGUGAGCGCUCGAGGAACAGCGCACGAGUGAUCCAACGACGGUGGAGACGCGUCAAAAGCAACCAACGAGCGGGCAUUGAAGCUAAAGUGCGAGUGUUGCGUUUACUCACAAGCUUACCUUUGCACCUUCGAGAGUACCAAGAUACGCAACGACAACAACUGAAAAGUGUACACGAGACUAGUGCAACCACUGUCACUUUCUGUAUCCGUCGUGCGGCACAGCGGGUGGCUAUGCAUCUGAUUCAACGAGUGUGGCGAGGGUAUUGUGAACGGAAGCGCGUGCGCCGAAUUCGAGAGUGGGAACGGAAGAAAUUUGUGCGUCAAAGACAACGGGAACGUCUGCGAGAGGCUCGUGGAGCGUUGUUGGAGCCUUCGGAAGUGGAGAAAAGGCGCCGAAAAGUAAAGGAAACACGAAUGCUAGCACGUCAAGAGAUAUUGGAAAAGGACGGAGAAGGCAGAAAGGAGCUCUGCAUACGACUAGAAGGGUUCGACUGGGAUCUUGCCAAGAAGCGAACCAGCUACAGUCUGCAGUUCAAGCUAAGUGUAAAUAGUGAAUACAGGGCCGGUGUUGACGGUUCUGGCUUUCACGCGCUUGCUAAGAAGCACAAGGUGACGCCGUCCAUGGUCAGAAACUGGAGGGACCGCACGGACUUGCUGGUCAACGCAUCGAAGAGCCGCCAACUCGCUACCCGUUCACGACGGAGGAUGCCAGGAUCAGGCAGAAAACUAGAGCACCACGCACUAGAGCAACAGGUUUACGACUGGGUGUCUUGCAACGUCAUCAACAUUGACCAAGUCCCGAGAUAUUUCGAGACUGAGCCGAAGUAG